GCGAUGUUUAGCGUCUGACAGCGGGACUGAAAGGGACAGACCGGGUCUAAAACCGCACCGGACUCCUCUGGGAUGAGGUCUGGCGAUAAGAGCGAAACUAAAGCAAUAACCGCGACCAUGGUGACCAAAAAAGUCCGGACGGAGUAUAUGAAGAAGUUCAGAGAUCCAAAAUGGGAGACGUUUUCCAAAUGUUACGAGGACUCUCUGAAAUAUCGUCUGACCCGGCGGGUGAUGGAGCAUUCCCACAAGCCCUGGUUCUGGGAGGGCUGGGACAGCGGCUCCGACUCCAGCGGCUGGUCCACGCCGCGGCUGACCAGGAAUAAAAUCGCCCCUCUGUCCCUCCCACCGCCGACGUCCUUGGAGGUUAAGCAGAUGCUGUCCAGCCCCGGACCGAAACCGCCUUCAGAGGACGGAGCGACGGAGGUGGGAGGCGGAGAAGCGGAAGUCGUUGAAGGCGAAUCGAAUGCAGCAGCCGUCAUAGAAAACGGCGUGAAUGAAGCCAGCGGCGGUUCGGUGGCUCCAAACACCAGCGGACCCUCAGACGACACGGCGACUGACGUCGGUCCCGCCGACACCGCGUCCUCUGAUGGGGAGCGGGAGAACCCGGCACCGAAGCGACGACACCGCCGCCGCACCCCUCGGUCUGAGCCGGGACGCCGAGACAGUUCCCUCGACGAUAAACCGGUUGUCGUCCGCAAACCGCCGAGAGCGAAGAGCCAACCGCCAAUCAGCACCAAGGAGAACCGAAGACCGUCCAGCCGACUGGACUGGAGCGAGAGACAGACAGAGGUCAGGAGGACACCAAAUGACUGCAACACGUCCGACGCCUGCGUUCAGACCCGCCGGCAGUCCGACAAACGGAGCUCCAACCUGGACCGCCGGCGGGCUCGGUCAGCCGACCUGGAGAAGACGAGCCGCUCGCAGCUGACCGUGGUGGACGACCGCUGGAUGACGGAGUACAUGCGCUGCUUCUCCGCCCGGCUCAGGUAGAGACAGGAGUCCCCCUCAACCCCCGAAAAACCACGUUUCCUUAUUUAAGAGCAAAUAUCAGGCGGUGGAACAAGCGUCUGAAGACAGACAGAGACGUCUCAUCAGAGUCCAUCAGCGUCUUUUCAGACUGAAUCGCUGCUGUCGAGGAAAGACAAACACCCAAAACUCGGUUGAAUUUAGAGUUUGUACGCUGACGUACGUGUAGACUCUGUUUGAAACUUAAACACAAUCCCCAAGAAUCAAACAAGACCGUGUCAAGAUGUCUAAAGAUGCAUUAACCCUCAAAAACACG